CGCCAUGGGUGUGUUACGCUUAUUUGUUGCGCUGGGUUUAGCCAUUGCCGCAAGCUCAGGAGCGUCUAUUAAUGAGGGAAAUCCUAAAGCAAGUGAGACAGUUUGCUACGGAGAUUUAGGAUGUUUCACUACGGCAUCGCCCUGGACAUCUGACGUUCGACCUAUCUCAGCUUUACCCGAAGAUCCGGCGGUGAUCAACACACGUUAUCUGCUUAACACGAGGCAAAAUCCAACGGAACCUAUUACGCUUGUAAAAGACGACGCACUGGGAUUAUACAAUUCGCCUUUUGAUUCGACGAAAAAAACGGUAUUUCUAGUUCACGGUUGGACGAAUGAUGCCAACCACCCAUGGAUCAGGUCUUCCGUUGCGGAAAUUCUAAUUAACGAGGACGUCAACAUAAUCCGCGUUGAUUGGGCACCAGGAGCAGGAUUGCCUUAUAUCCGGGCUUUGACCAACACACAAGUGGUCGGUGCUGAGAUUAGUCUCUUUAUUCUUUUUCUCGCAUCAAAAACUAUUCUGGAUUAUGCCAACAUUCAUAUUAUUGGUCACGAUCUUGGAGCUCACGCAGCCAGCUACACUGGUCACCGUCUUUACGGUAUUGGACGUAUCACAGGUUUGGACCCGUCAACGAUCUAUUUCGAGGGCGGUGAUAUAGCGACUCGUUUGGACCCUAGUGACGCACUUCUGGUGGAUAUUGUUCAUACCGAUUCGACAUACCCAUCAUUUGGAAGAGAUCAUGUCGGUUUGGGUUUCCUGACUAAUCUCGGCCAUGUCGACAUUUACGUUAAUAAUGGGCAAGCGCAACCUGGGUGCCAAGAUACCCUCGACAACCUAGUAAACAAACCUGAAGAUUUGGUUACCUUGACCGACCUUAAUGGUGCCUCUUCCAUUGAUCCGUAUGUUUGUUCUCACAUGAGAGCUGUUGAUUACUUUGUUGAAUCCAUCAACUCUUUCUGCCCGUUUUCCGCCUUUUCGUGCUCAUCGUGGGACAGCUAUUUGCAAGGAACUUGUUUUUCCACAUGCCGCAACGUCAACUCCUGCACGUCUUUGGGUUACCACACAGGAAACUAUCCAGCUAGAGGCACAUUCCAUCUUGAUACCCAACCAGUAGGACCGUAUUGCAACUUGGUGCUUCGAAUGGAAGUGGAUGUGUCUCCAAAUCAAAUCGAAACUUACGGCUCAAUUAAAUACAUCUUGAUUGGUGACGUUGGCCAGACUAAAGAAGACGAACUCUACAACGGAAUCAUAGCGAAUGGAUUCAUUCUUAGCGAGUACGUGACAGUAGCCGGAAGUAAUGCCUACCGUAUCGGGAAAGUUGGAUCUGUCCGUCUCCGUUACCAAAAGGAUGCUUUUAAGGAAAAUGAAAUCGUCGUACAAAGGGUAGUUGUUCAGCAAGCCAAUGUCACUAUUAACGCAGUCGAUAACAUUUUCCAGGGAGCUGUUUUACCCGACAAUGAAUACGUCACAGUGUACCCAGUUUAACUAAUGAAUUUACUUUAGAAUCCGCCUUUUGGCGAGCGAUUGCAUUUUAAUGGUUACCAUAGUUAGACAGCAUACACAAGAGAAUGAAACAAA